AGCAGAACACUCACGCGCGAAACAUGUCGGAGGAGGUAGAAAUUAAGACGUACUUUAAGCUGGUGGACGUGGUGAAAUGGAUCGGCAUCACGCAGUUCGAGAUACUGGUCAAUCUGAUUGCCUUUCUGGUGUUUACGAUCAUGCUCACGGUGAAGGCGGCGAGCGGCGAGCUGAACGGUACGCUCACCGCCAACGAAUGGUUGGACCUGUUCUCGCCCAUGUUCUGCGGUGACUUUUGCAACACCUACUUCUGCAUCAUCGUCGGCAUACGGAUGUACCUGGGCAAUAAGCACCGGCAGGCGAUGCACCGGCUCGUUUGGAGCAUCCCGUUUCUGCUGCUGACGUCCGGGUUCAAGUAUCUGGUGUGCCUGAAGCUGUCCGGCCAGAUACAGCUCGAGUACAGUGAGGUGUUUUCGCCCAUCUUUGUCCUGCUGCAGAUGGUGGCGGUGAAGGCGUGCCAGUACAACCAGCAGUCCUGAUCGCACGCCAACGCCCCGUCGCGCCGUGAGCUGCUGUCGUUUAGCAAUGAUGUCGUUCUGGGCACGAUCGUGAUGCAGUGAGCUGAUGAUGCCGUUGCUUUCCGCCCGUUAAGCACGUAUGAUUAAUGUUAAUUAAUAAUAAACCUGAAUACGAUCAUA